UGCGGGGUAAACAAUUUGUGCCGUCGUGUGCCGUUGUUCCUGGCUGAAGUAUGCCAGGAUAAAGACAUCUCAAUUCGCUGUCGGCUGGUGUAACAGUGAGUAUCUUGCAUCACAACCGUCCUCUUACCACAGCGCAACCGGCAAGAUGUACACCAAUGUCCUUAUUGGAGUUGUUGUACUCCUAGCGGUUGGAGUAUGGAGGGUGUUACAAAUUGGUCGACGAGACCCCAGACUUCCACCUGGACCACCGACAGUGCCGGUUCUUGGGAAUGCUCACCAGAUCCCACUCACUGGACUUGGGAAGAAGUUUCAUGAAUGGGCAAGAGAAUAUGGAAAAAUAUAUUCCUUGAAGGUGUUCAAUUCUACCAUGAUUGUGCUGGCCGAUCGCAAAGCCAUAUAUCAACUCCUCGACAAGAAAGGAAGUAUCUAUUCAGAGAGACCGCAUCUUGAGGUGCCCAUAUUUAUGAGCCGUGGCUGCCACAUGACCUUUGAACAAGCUACACCUGAAUGGAGAGAAAAGCGAUCUGUAAUCACGAGGAACCUGAACCCCCAAAAUCUGGACAAGAAACAUUUCAGAGUUCAAGAGGCAGAGUCGAUAUUGUUCAUGAACAACCUUGUCAAACACCCGAAUAAGGCUUUCGACUACGCAAGGCUGUACGCCUCGUCGGUAGCAGCUAUCCUCGUUUGGGGGUUCCGAGCCAAGGACUUCCAGUCGUUCUUUUACAAGGACUUCUACGAAUUUGUCGAUCAGUGGCUUGGUGCGAUUGAACCUGGCGCGAACCCACCAGUGGAGCAGUUGCCAUGGCUGUGGUACCUCCCUGGAGCCUGGAAAAAGCGAGCCUACCACGUCCGAGGUCUGAUGGAUACAACGUGGACCAAAGCUCGGCAAAUGGUUGAAGACCGACGACAAAGAGGAGACGUGCGUGACUCGAUGAUCGAUUUGAAACUGUCAGAGUACGAGAAAAUUGGGUGGCCUAUGUCACAAUACUCAUUCAACAAUCUUGGUGGCGAGAUGCUGGAAGCCGGGGCAGAUACCACUGCCAAUAUGCUUCUGACUAUCAUUCUUGCUGUGACCAAAUUCCCAGAGGUCCAGGCAAAGGCGAGGAAAGAACUCGAUGAAGUUUGUGGAAAGGAAAGAACGCCCUUGUUCUCUGACUUUGACCGCCUUCCCUACAUCAACUGUAUCGUCAAGGAAGCGCUGCGAUGGCGUCCGACAUCCGACCUCGGGAUCCCACAUCGACUCGCAAAAGGUGAUUGGUACGAGGGCAUGUUCAUCCCCAAAGAUAGCGUGGUCUGGCUGGCUGCCUGGGCAAUCCAUCAGAGCGACGACGAAUAUCCGGACCACGACCGCUUCAAUCCGGACCGAUUCAAGGAUCACACGAAGCUUGCAAAUGAUUACGCCGUUGGACCUGACUGGCAGGGCCGAGAUCAUUACGGAUACGGAGCAGGCCGAAGGAUGUGUCCAGGCAUCCACCUGGCUGAGAGAAGUAUGUGGCGCGUCACAGCAAAAUUGCUUUGGGCUUUUGAAUUCGAGGAAUUACCUGAUAGACCUCUCGAUGUGAACGCGUACACUUCGUCAAACCUGGUGCGGCCAGAGGAGUACGAGGUCAAGAUCACACCUCGAAGCAAGCAGCAUGAGGAAGUCAUCAAAAGAGAGUUGACAGGUGCGAUGGAGUUCUUGGCUCAAUAUGAUUGAGCAAAAUGUCCAGGCAGACUUUUGGUCGGGGCUCCUGUGGAGCAAGGGGGCUAGAGACUUCUACCGAAGUGUGAUAGGACAGGAUAGUUCAGAGGCUUGAUCAGCGAGACCGAGAAGGACUAAGAUGAUUGAAUGUUGGGAGGCGCAAGAGAAGAUCUCGCUGCAGUAUCCGAGCUGUGUGCAUUGCAUCAUCUACAGUGGUAGGUGGCUUUCUCUGACCAUCGUCAGGCUACUCUAGUAAAACAGCAGAGCACACCGGGUCGCUUCACAUCAUGACAAGCAAGCAACAGUCCGGUGGUGACUAGGAAAAGCCCUGAUUGGAAUGGCC